AACAAAAUGGCUUCCUGCAAGUUGGUUACACCACACGGACUUUAAUUUGGCAGACCAAAUUCCACCCCUCCCCCCAAGAAAUAAUAUUAAUAAUAUUUAAAAACAGAAUCACUUCACUGCUUAUUUUUGAAAGAAACUAUAAUAUAAGAUUUUGCCAAACUACUUACGUCAACGCUUUUUAAUAAAUCCACUACACUGCUCUAUUUUCUAGGAACAUGAAACAUUUUAUUUUUAAACGUGAGCUGUAAAACAACAGCCCUGGUUAAAAAAAAACAAAAAAAAAAAAAAAAAACAGAAGCGGGUUCUUUAAGAGAGGGGUGCGGGCGCGAGGCAUUGUCUCUACAGAAGUGCGCGAGAGCCAAUGGAGAGGCGCGUGACAGAGUUUGGGCAGAAGGGGUUUGUCUCACCUGCUCGAAAUCACUUCAAGAGGAGCGCGAACAGGACAUUUUCAGCUCGCGACAAUUAAUACGCACGUAUCGGACAGUUAACACUUCACUUUAGAUAACAGUGAUGAGCUCAAGUCUGGGCCGUGCGCCUUUCUGAGGUACAGCACCACUCCAGAAACGCGUCAGGUUUGUUUGCUAGAACUUGGCAACUCAUCACUCCGGGAUUUAACAGUGAGCGCGGAUCCCUUUCUACCGCCGAGUCGCUUUUUUUAGGCAUCAUCAUGGAACUGAAAAAGAGCCAGCCGCAAUGCAAGAAAGUGUUGGAUAACGUUGAUUUUAUCGUGAAGGAGUCAAUGUGAUUUCUGUUCUUCGUUGUUUUUGUACAUCAAAUGGCAGCGAUAUAAAUUCCACGAGCUCUGAGCACUUCAAGGAAGAAUAUUUGUUUUUUUUUUGUUGUUUUGUUUUUUUGUUUUUUGUUUUAAAUAAAUAAAUUAUACACCUCUGGGAAUAAACCGUAAGUUUUAGGAAUUAAACAUCUGUGUGUAACAGAACCGCGACGAUGGAGCACACGGGAAUCGAAGAGGUGAACCAGACCCACCAGCAGCACGAACCCAUCAGCUUUGGAAUAGAUCAGAUUCUCAAUGGUUCCGAUCAGCCGAGUAGUUGCAUGCUGCCGAGCCGAACCGGCGAGCCGGACUACGCGCUCGCGCCGAACGUCUAUUCCAACGGCUACAACAGCGUGUACAAUCCGGCCUGUUCGAUGGCGGCCGGACUGGCAGGUUCCUACAACGUAAACAUGAACAUGAAUGUGAGCAUGAAUAUGAACGUUAACGUGAACUCAGGGAAUGCAGGCGGUGUCAUCCGCGUCCCGGCCCACAGACCCAUGCCACCCGCACAUCACCCGCCGACAACCGCCCAUCCACCGGGCAUCGCGGCGGGGAUGCCCACCGUGCCCACGGUCUCCAGCAUGGGCAGUCCCCACAGCUUCACGUUCCCCUGGAUGGAGAGCAGCAGAAGGUUUGCGAAAGAUCGGCUGACCGCUCUUUCACCGUUCUCCGUGACACGACGGAUCGGUCAUCCGUACCAGAACCGAACUCCGCCGAAAAGGAAAAAGCCGCGCACGUCGUUCAGCCGAGUGCAGAUCUGUGAACUGGAGAAGCGCUUUCACCGGCAGAAGUAUCUGGCGUCUGCGGAGCGCGCCACGCUCGCCAAGGCCCUGAAGAUGACAGACGCUCAGGUCAAAACCUGGUUUCAGAACAGAAGAACAAAAUGGAGGAGGCAGACCGCUGAGGAGAGAGAGGCUGAGCGACAGCAAGCCAACCGUCUGAUGCUGCAGCUACAACAGGAGGCCUUUCAGAAGACCCUGAGUCAACCGCUCCAACAAGACCCUCUCUGCCUACACAACUCCUCGCUUUACGCCCUGCAGAACUUACAGCCUUGGGCGGAAGACAACAAGGUGACGUCCGUCACCUCAGUCGCAUCUGUGGUCUGACCUACAACUCUGAUGAUGAGUGUGCUAGUUAAUUGAGAAAGGAUUUUAUAGUACAUUAUAGGACGCCAAUUAGACCUUAAUUUGGGUGGAUCUUUGAUAUUCUCACUCGGACUCACGAGCAUCUGUAUUCGACGCCAUUCUUGCUUUGUAAAAACGUCUUUUCCAAUCAUACAUGGGAAUUCAAUUUCAAUGAUUUUUGACAGGAUCAGCUUUGAGUAAUUAGAGUAAUUUCAGAUUAAACUGUAUUUUUGUGUAUUUGUUUAUCAGCAUUUUUCAGAAACGUGCUUAUUUAAGUCUUGGCGUGAAGCAAAAACCCUAAUGUAUUCCCAGUUAAAGUGGAAUCAAAGCAAACACAAGCACACCCAGUUUACAUUUUCAUUCCCACCUGAAUCUGACUGGUCAUUUGAAUCUCGACCCUUACGCUACAUUCUCGUUCCUCUUUCUUCAGCUACCCAUCUAAGAGAGGGACGGGCUAUGUCCUUUCCAACCCAAAACCGCAAAGCUGUCUGAUGAAUUUCAUCCAUCAAGACGGCUGUCUACGUGCCAUUUGGCAUCAAGGAGACUGACUCAACCCCAGACUCGUUCAUUCUUGUUCUUUUUAUUUGUGUUUUGUUUUUUUUUCCUUUGGACUUUGUAAGAUGUGUUUGUGCUGCAUGUUCUCUACAUUUCCUGUAUGAAGAGAUGGACUAAAAACUGUUAGUUCUGUCAAGCCGGAGUCCUUCCUAAAACGCACUUUGGAAGCAAUUAUGGAGGCGCUCUCUCUGGAUUCUUCAUGACGUGACGUUUAAAGGUGUUUUAUAUUAAAAAGAAUUGUGACUUCUAAGACUAUUCUUUUUCCUCCGCUGUGAAAUUACUUUAGAAUAAUCUCCAAGGUGAUGUGUCAUUUUUGCACAACUACAGAAUAGACGAUUCCAGAAAUAAUGACCGAACAGCUGCAUGUGAUUGGUUGCAAUGUUACCGAGUUUUUAUAAUUUUAUAAUUUUUUUUUGGAAACCAACAUACAAAUGGCUUAUUUUAACAUUUAUAAAAAAUUACACGCAUCUCUUUUAAAUUUUACUACCUAUUUUUAGUCCAAAUCAUUGUAAAAACCUUAUGGUGAGAACCUGUGAUUGCAGUUGUAUACAAAAAACAAAGUUCUUGACACGUAUUUUGAAAGCAUUCAUCACCCUUGUCCACCUAGACACCGUAAGGGCGUAAACAACUGAUGGGAUCUCUGUGAGCCAAAACAACAGUCAAAACAGGAGUUUCCUCAUUGGCUCCCAAAGAGGAGUGAUCCCACGUAACACAGGGAGGGGAUGUGAAUUCAUAGCAGUUUUAUUCGCAGCAAAUGAGCCUUUACAUUCUGUUCUACACAUGACUGCAUCUCCCAGGAAAUGCUAAAGCUGUAAACUGAUUAUGGCUCUCCACAGCCUGUGGCUUUCAAAAAAGA